AUGCCGGCCAGGUCCCAACAGCCGACCCAUAAAUCAAGUAAUGCCCGCCACGCGCGCACGACUUCCUGGUCCAGUGGCUUUCACCAUUUGAAUGCGUCACAACCCUCCACUGAACCGUCUACUUCUUCUUACUCCCAUCCGUCUCGACGUCGCCGCGAAUCCACCCAUUCCCUCGCCAGCGUCGACGAGGGGAUCUCCCCGCCGGAAUCUCCCCAGCUGCACGAUCGUCCGCGCGACGGCGCCGAGACUCGCGACAUGCUGCGCAACACCUCGAUGGACCACACGGAUCGCAAAAGUCAGCACAUGCGCAGUCGCUCCCAAUCGCAGGGCGCAUCACAAGUUCUCGCCGUUCAUGAAUCCGAAUUGAAUGCCGCCGAUGCGAUCCCAAUUCCCGUCGCGCCGCGCACAGGCCCGGUGACCUGGAUGACGCUGCCGCGAAAAGGCCAAUUGGCACUGUUGGGCUUGUGCCGGGUCUUCGAUUUCCUUCAGAUCGCCUCGCUUCAGGCCUACAUGUUCUAUCAAUUAAAGUCCUUUGACGAAACUCUUUCCGACUCGGACGUGGCGACACAGGCGGGUAUAUUGCAGGGCGCGUUCACCGCGGCUCAAUUUGCGACCGCCAUUCCUUGGGGCCGUGUCGCAGAUGCCGAAUGGGGGGGCCGUCGCUUCGUGCUGCUGGUCGGCCUGGUGGGAACGGCGGUCUCGUGUCUGGGUGUUGCAUUUGCGACCUCGUUCGCUCAGGCCGUGUUUUGGCGGUCCUUUGGGGGGGCCAUCAACGGAACCGUGGGCAUUAUCCGGACAAUGAUUGCAGAAAAUGUCAAGGAGAAGAAAUAUCAUUCGCGGGCGUUUUUGAUUCUACCCAUUGGGUUCAAUGUCGCCUCCCUCUUUGGUCCCGUCAUGGGCGGUUUAUUGGCCGAUCCAGUCAGGAGCUAUCCGCGUUUAUUCGGACCCAACUCCUCGUUUGGCGGCGAAUCCGGGGUGCAGUGGCUGGUGAAAUAUCCCUAUGCUUUGCCCAUGUUGGCCAACUUUUUCUUCCUGUCUAGUUGUGCAGCUUUGGUUGGCUACGGUCUGGAAGAGACACUUCUCGCCUGCAAAGGAAAGCCUGGUCUCGGAUCCGCCGCGCUCAAGCUUCUUGCGCGCGGUGUCAAGACUCUGCUCGGUUCUUCCUCCACGAUCUACUCCCGACUCCCUCUCCGUGACUAUGAUGAGGAUGGUCCCUUGCUGGGCCGGCCCAUGGAUCGCUCCGAGAGCUAUGAGAUGGAAGAGAAGGCCUCACGACCCGGUCGUACCAAGCGUACACUUCCAUUCCGCAGGAUCUGGACGAAGAAUGUCCUGUGCACCCUCGUAGCACAGGCGUUUUUCGACUUUCAAAUGGGUGCGUUCAAUAACCUGUGGCUACUGUUCCUGUCCACCCCGCGCUACGAUCCCAAUGACCCCAGCAGCCCUGCGCGAAACUUGCCUUUUAUCUUCACCGGUGGCCUGGGCAUGCUGCCUCAAAGUGUUGGCUUCGCGACUUCGAUCCUCGGCAUGAUUGGAAUGCUACUUCAAUUCACCAUCUACCCCUCGAUCAACGGCCGUCUGGGUACAGCCAAGAGUUACCAAUAUUUCCUUACCCUGUUUCCUCUCGCUUACGCCCUGGCACCGUACAUGUCUCUUGCGCCGUCGACAACUCCGCCCCCCGGCCAGGCCAACGGACCCUGGGUCUGGUUUUGGAUCAUCAUCGUGCUCUUCCUCCAAGUCACCGCUCGCACUUUUACCCUGCCAACUUCCAUCAUCUUGCUCAACAACUGCUCGCCGCACCCCUCCGUUCUAGGCACAAUCCACGGCAUCGGCCAAUCCGUCUCAUCGGCCUUUCGUACCAUUGGCCCCAUCUUCUCAGGGGCCUGGUACGGUUAUGGUUUGGAUAUCGGCACCAUUGGCUUUGCGUGGUGGUUGAUCGCACUGGUAUCAAUCCUGGGCUGUGUAGCCGCGGUCUUUGUGUAUGAAGGCUCUGGUCAUGAAAUUGUUCUUCCGGGGGAAGAAGAUGAGUUUGAUGCCCAUUGA